GUGCACUCAGCAUGUCCAGCCUGAGCCCCAGGCCCUGGGCGGCUGAUACAGAAGCAAAUUACGGGGCUGGGGUUCUGGCUCUGACUUCAAGGACCCGGGGCCCAGCCCCCUCCAGCCCGGCUAUAAAGGGCUGCUCAGGGUCCCUGUGCAGACCACACCCUGCUCCCGGCCCCGCGGACACCAUGGCUGCCACCACCACCAGCUUCCGCCAGUUCUCCACCUCCGGCUCUCUCAAGGGCCUGGGCAUGCCCACCGGGGGUUUCUCUCGGGUGUCCACGGUCCGCGUCGGGGGCGCCUGCCGAGCCCCCAGCCUCCUGGGAGCCGGGAGCUGCGGCAACACGUCGGUCACUUCGUCCCGCUUCAUGGCGGGCAUGGGGGGUGGCUACAGCGGGGGCUACUCCUGCAACCUGGGUGGGGGCUACGGCCCCAGCUACAGCGUGUCGGACGCCCUGCUGGGGGGCGGCGAGAAGGAGACCAUGCAGAACCUCAACGACCGCCUGGCCUCCUACCUGGAGAAGGUGCGCGCCCUGGAGGAGGCCAACGCCGACCUGGAGGUCAAGAUCCGCGACUGGUACAAGAAGCAGGGCCCCGAGCCUGCCCGGGACUACAGCCACUACUUCAAGGCCAUCGAGGAGCUGAAGAGCAAGAUCCUGGCCGCCACCAUCGACAAUGCCAGCCUGGUGCUGCAGAUCGACAACGCCCGCCUGGCAGCCGAUGACUUCCGCACCAAGUAUGAGAUGGAGCUGAACCUGCGCAUGAGCGUGGAGGGCGACACCAACGGCCUGCGCCGGGUGCUGGACGAGCUGACCCUGGCCAGGGCCGACCUGGAGAUGCAGAUCGAGAACCUGAAGGAGGAGCUGGCCUACCUGAGGAAGAACCACGAGGAGGAAAUGAACGCCCUGCGAGGCCAGGUGGGUGGGGAUGUCAGCGUGGAGAUGGACGCCGCCCCCGGCGUGGACCUGAGCCGCAUCCUGAACGAGAUGCGCGACCAGUACGAGAAGAUAGCGGAGAAGAACCGCAAGGACGCCGAGGACUGGUUCUUCACCAAGACGGAGGAGCUGAACCGCGAGGUGGCCACCAACACCGAGGCCCUGCAGAGCCACCGGACGGAGAUCUCCGAGCUCCGCCGCUCCGUGCAGAACCUGGAGAUUGAGCUGCAGUCCCAGCUCAGCAUGAAAGCAUCGCUGGAGGGCAGCCUUGCGGAGACCGAGGCGCGCUACGGGGCGCAGCUGGCCCAGCUGCAGGGGCUCAUCGGCAGCAUCGAGCAGCAGCUGGGCGAGCUCCGCUGUGACAUGGAGCGUCAGAACCACGAGUACCAGGUGCUGCUGGACGUGAAGACGCGGCUGGAGCAGGAGAUCGCCACCUACCGCCGCCUGCUGGAGGGCGAGGACGCCCACCUGGCCAACCAGUACUCCUCGUUCCUGGCCUCACAGCCCACGCGGGAAGCCACGGUGACCAGCCGCCAGGUGCGCACCAUCGUGGAGGAAGUCCAGGAUGGCAAGGUGGUCACCUCCCGGGAGCAGGUCCACCGCUCUACCCACUGAGCCCUUCCCCCUCGCAACAGCCCAGCCUCGAGGGUCACGGGGCAGCCAUCGCCUCCAGCCCCCAGCACGCUACUGCUGGGCCCCACGCGCCCGUCGGGGCCACGGCCCGAGAGCUGUUGCCUUUCUGUACCCGCUUCCCGCAGCCCUCGCGGAGGGGCCGCCCGAGUGGGCCCCAGUGACCACUAUUAAAGCUUGGCCUGAAGUUCAAUGCC